AUGUCAGAAGCACAGCCAAAAGAAUCCCUGAGGCAAAAGUUCAAAAAUUUGUUUGGUAAGAAAAGUGGUAGUUUUACUGUUCAAGUAAAACCGACCUCCGAGAUCUUCCUAAUCACAGAAGAGCACUUGAAGGGUCUAGGUCCUGAAUCACCAGGUAGUCAAAGGCUGAAGGUAUUAAAAGACUUGUGUGAAUUGGUGACUGAGAAAAGACUAGAGAAUGUUGAUGAUAAAACAUUGCACAGUAAACUGAAGAACACACCACCUGAUUUUAAAAGGUCUGAUUUGCUUCAAAGCAUCUAUCCUGUACUCAGCUCAUUAGCAUCUUAUCAUGCAUAUUUGGACCAAAACAGACAGACUGCUUUAGUGGAAAGUUUAGAGCAUGGUUUAGUGUCCAAGUGUGCACAGCUUUGUGUCAAAGCCUUGACCUUAUGUACUAUUGAAAUGCAGACUAUAAUGGUCAGAUUAAUGCCGUCCAUGUUACUUAAAUUAUCACAUAUAUCAGCUACAAAAAUGGUUGCCAUACCAAUGAUUGAAUUCCUCUCAAGUUUAACUCGACUUCCUAGACUGUAUGCAAGCUUUAAUGAAGACCAGUACAUGAGUAUCUUUGCCAUUGCACUGCCUUACACUAAUCCAUUCAAGUUCACACUAUAUGUUGUGUCAUUGGCACAUCAUGUGAUUGCUAUGUGGUUCAUCAAAUGUAGAUUGCCAUUCAGGAGGGACUUUGUAAGUUUUAUCACCAAGGGUUUACGAUCCAAUGCUUUACCGUUGUUCGAUAAAUCUGACCCUGUCUUGUCAUCAGAAGUACGUUUGCAUCGUAGUAGUAGUUUAACAGAAAGGACACCGCUAAAGGGGUCAUACAUAUCCAGUCAACCUACCACACCCACUACAGCUACAGGCCCUGGUGGAAGAGGAAGAGGAAUGACUCAAGAUGUUAUAAAAACAGAAACACCAGAUGAAUUAUUGAAUCAUUUACAUUUAGAGCUCACAGAGACGUGUAUUGAUCUCAUGGCCAGAUAUGCAUUCUCAACUUGUGCUGCUAUGCCAAGAAGAUCACCUGUUGCUGAAUUCCUUCUUGCUGGUGGACAGUCUCAGUCUUGGCUGCUUGGCAACAAAUUGGUCACCAUAACAACCACUGGAAGUGGAUUAAACGGCAACAAGAGUGGGCUGUGUGAUAAAUGCACAACUCUGCUGCGUAGAAAGGAGACACCAAUGCCAUCACCACGAGAAGAGCAGUCAUUACAAGUAGAUCUGACUGAAGACCAGCUCAGUGCAUCAGUCACGAUAGCACAGACAGCAACUCAGCGAUUAAGACAAAGGUGCAAAUCAGGGAGCAGUAACCGAGUGGACAGCAGUGGAAAUCUUAUUCCCUUGAAACCAUUACCUAGAGAAGAUACCAAAGAAGUCAAAUAUUUAUCAUUAAUCGCUUCAAGAAAAUCUCAAGAUAGUUUAAACAGUGUUGAUAGUGAGAACGGCAUAAGCUUUUCUGCUUCAAAGCAAGAUGCUGGACUGUCUGGAAGACCUUCACAUUUAGAGGUGAAAUCACAUGACUAUACACCCUAUUUGUGUAGUUGUUGGUGUCAGGGAUGGGCUGAAGUACAUAUCAGGUGUCCAACUGGAAACACAUCUUGGAUGAUGAAGAUUCAGAAUCAGCCAACAUUAGCACCAACCAUGAAAGACUUGCCAAUUACUGAUUUGUCAGAGAUGUUAUUGACCAAUGUGGAGAUGGAGACUGAGCUGAUGGAUGGAUUGACCCCAAGGUCACCCAGGGGAGGUAGCUUUGGCACAUCUGAAAAAAAAGUUCCUCAACUCACAACGGAGGCUUCCUUAGAACUUUUAGAUAAAACAGCGACUGUAAAAAAACUGUUCCCACUCCGGAGAAGCAAUUCCUCUCCUGGUCUACUAGGUAAAACAGAUGGAGGGGAGGAGCAACACUGUGCAGAACUGCCUGAUGUCAAACCUAGUGAAGAAGAUGAUCAGUUUAAAAGGAUGAAGAUGAGACAAUCAAAGUCUGCCAUUGAUCCAAUGGAGUCUGUGAGAAAAUACAGUGAUCCAACAACAAUGAAGGCAAUAAUGGACGCUAGAAAACGACGCAGCCCAAUUAAAAUUGGGAGCAAACCAUCAAAAAGUGAUGAAGUUCAAAGAAAUACCAGUGUUGUCAAAAAAGACGAUACUCCUAUGAAAGCCAAAAGUGCGACUGAAAUUGCACAGGCUAGAUCCCGUCAAAUUUCCAGUAAAAUUAGGAUGGGACAGUUAGAGAAACAGCCAAAUUCCAUUGAUCUCCCUGUGGCCACAGUAGCAGAAGAGCAAUGCCAAGAAGAUUCACUACCCCCUCUGAGAAGAGCACGUGGAUACACAGUGUCUGUUAUGUCUCCUGCCAAACAUCAAUAUCUUAAAAGAGAGUCUCCAAUGGACAUUCGAAAGAAGAGAUCAACUACGAUUAACGAUGCAAAUAAUUUAAAUCCAAGUUUUGUGUUUCUACAGCUGUACCAUUCUUCAUUCUUCGGUACCGGCUCUGACAAACCGCUUCUUCUGCCACAGACUCAGGUGAUAGAAAGAGCUGUGAAAGUAAUAGAUCGUAUACCUCCAUAUGAGACUCACAAGAUAGGUGUGGUCUAUGUUGGUCCCGGACAGGUUAACAAUCAAGCUGCUAUUUUAUCAAACAUAUAUGGUUCAUCUCGAUAUGUUGAAUUCCUGCGUGGACUGGGAAAACUGAUAAACUUAAAAGAUUCCGAGGCAAAUGAGAUUUAUACUGGUGGUUUAGAUUGUACUGGUUAUGAUGGCAAAUUUGCCUACAGCUGGCAGGAUGAUGUCAUGCAAGUUAUCUUCCAUGUUGCUACACUGAUGCCAAAUAGAAGUUCUGAUCCCAACUGUAAUGAGAAAAAGCUUCACAUUGGUAAUGACUUUGUUACAAUCAUUUAUAACGACAGUAAUCAACAGUAUCAACUUGGCACAAUAAAGGGUCAGUUUAACUUUGUUGAAAUUGUAAUUCAACCUGUGGAUAAUGAGAGCAAUACAGUUACUGUUCAAGCCAGAGAAGAUUUGAUGGAAAACAGUUGGCCAAAAAUAGUGUCAGAUAAAAAUGUUGCCAUGUUAGUCAGACAGAUGGCCUUACAUGCAAAUCUGGCCUCAUUGAUCCACCAGAGUACAAGUCAAGGCAGUGUUGGUAAUGCCUACGCCUCCAACUGGUUAGAAAGACUAAGACUCAUGAAAAGAUUACGUCAUAAAAUACAACAAGAGCAGCAGAAUAGCUUGUCACCAUCCUCCUCUACAUCACCGUCCUCACCAUCACGAAGACAUUAUGCGACAAGACCAAGAAGUGACUCCAAUAUUGAUGAUUUUACAGACUUUGUUUGAAUCUGUUAACAUAUGUACCGGUACAGCUAUGUUUUCCUUGAAAUAAAAUCUAAAAAUCAUUACACAGUGAUCUGUAGAUAUCAAUAUAAACCAGGUCUAGACACAAGAAUGGCACCAAUUGUAUUAAUAUAACCAGGUUCUGACAUGUGGAUUGGCACCAAUUAUAUUAAAUAUCACUAUACCCACUGGGACCUUUCUGGAUACUAUGUUGUCAGAGAAACGGUCUGCAAAUAGGUGCAGGUGCUUAAGUAAUUUGCUUUAAUCUGUUGGGGGCUAAUGAAAUUAGCAUGAAAACAAGUUUUAUCUGGCAGUUUGGCCAAUCAAUUGUUUUAUUUCAUUUCCACAUUAUUAAAUGAAACAUUACACUUUGUCUGGGGUAGAGAUCCCAGGCAAAAAAACUCUUGUUGAUAAAUUAUUUAAAAUUGAAUGAAUUUUAAAUUAACGUUUAUUUGACCAGCUACAUAUUUGUAAACAAACUGGGAUGCAUGAAGACUAAUUAAUAUGUUAUAUCAUGAAUACAAAUAAAUUAUACUUUGAAUCUUU